AUGUAUCUAUUAAAAUCCAGAAAGAAAUAUCAACAUAAAUUAUUUCAACGUCAAUCCUUAUUUUUUCGUUUCCAAUCUAAACGUCGUCUAAAGUCUGAUUUUGGAUUUCAUGAAAUUCGAACUAAACAAAUUCAUUCAAGAUCAUUUUUUAGCAAAGUUCAUCGAGCAUAUCGUUCAAUAUGUGUAAGUGUUACGCUGAUUGUUCGUCUUUUUAUUUUUAUUGAUCGUUUAAUACAAAAAUUGAUAAUAUUCAUUGAAAAAAUCAUUCGCAUUAUUCAAGUUGUUCACGGAUGGAUACAAAUGGUCAGAUCAAUAUGUUCAGCUAUUCAUUUGAUUGUCUCACGUUUAAUGAUACUUAUAUUUAAAAUUUACCAAAUAGUUCAUUUAUUAUCGAUUUUAUUCGAACCAUUUUCAAAUGGAACUUUCCAAAAUAUCGUACGAUCGUUUUCACACUUUAUUUAUGACUAUUAUUCAUCAAAUGGAGCUUGUUAUACAUUGAAAGCUCGUACAAAUAAUUUUAUUGGUACAGUACGAGCAAAAUGGAAAAGAAGUUCAACUAUUGUCAUUGAUGAUGAUAUUUAUUAUGAUGCUCUUAAUGAAGAAAACAAAUGA